CGAAUUCAGUUUUAUUCAAGACAUUGAAAGAGCAAUACGGUUUAUCGAGAUUGCAAAUCAAUUUUUUCUAAGUGUACUUACAAAAGUGAUAUUUUAUCGUGAUAGUGAAAAGUUUACUUAUAUCAAAUUGUUCAGAUAAGUGAAUAAUCGAAUGGUCAAAAUGCGGUGGAGCUUGCUAGCUUUAGUUUGUGUGUUGGCGGUGGUGUGCGCCGACGAGAAGAAGGAGAAAGACAAGGACAUCGGCACCGUCAUCGGUAUCGACUUGGGUACCACCUACUCAUGUGUGGGUGUAUACAAGAAUGGAAGGGUUGAAAUCAUCACCAACGACCAGGGUAACCGUAUCACUCCCUCUUAUGUAGCCUUCACGAGUGACGGUGAGCGUCUCAUAGGAGAUGCUGCUAAGAACCAGCUAACUACCAACCCUGAGAACACUGUCUUUGAUGCUAAGCGUCUCAUUGGUCGUGAAUGGAGUGACUCCACUGUCCAACAUGAUGUGAAAUUCUUCCCCUUCAAGGUGGUAGAAAAGAACAGCAAACCCCAUGUGUCAGUUAUGACCGCCCAGGGUGACAAGAUCUUCGCCCCCGAAGAAAUCUCUGCCAUGGUCUUGACUAAGAUGAAGGAAACUGCCGAAGCUUACCUCGGAAAGAAGGUUACCCAUGCUGUUGUUACUGUCCCAGCUUACUUCAAUGAUGCCCAACGUCAAGCUACCAAGGAUGCUGGUGUGAUUGCCGGUCUCAAUGUUAUGAGAAUCAUCAAUGAACCUACUGCUGCUGCCAUUGCUUACGGUCUUGACAAGAAAGAAGGAGAAAAGAAUGUACUUGUGUUUGACUUGGGUGGUGGUACCUUUGAUGUAUCUCUUCUUACCAUUGACAAUGGAGUGUUUGAAGUAGUAGCUACCAAUGGUGACACUCACUUGGGUGGUGAAGAUUUCGACCAGAGAGUUAUGGAGCACUUCAUCAAACUGUACAAGAAAAAGAAGGGCAAGGACAUCAGGAAAGACAACCGUGCCGUGCAGAAAUUGCGUCGCGAGGUCGAAAAGGCGAAGAGAGCUCUGUCAUCCAGCCAUCAAGUUAAGAUUGAAAUUGAGUCCUUCUUUGAGGGUGAAGACUUCUCUGAAACCCUUACCAGAGCUAAGUUUGAGGAGUUGAACAUGGAUCUCUUCAGAUCUACCCUCAAGCCCGUACAGAAGGUGUUGGAAGAUGCUGACAUGAACAAGAAGGAUGUUGAUGAGAUUGUACUUGUUGGUGGUUCCACUCGUAUCCCCAAAGUUCAACAGUUGGUCAAGGAAUUCUUCAAUGGUAAGGAGCCAUCCCGAGGCAUCAACCCUGAUGAAGCUGUCGCCUAUGGUGCUGCCGUCCAAGCUGGUGUUCUCAGUGGAGAGCAAGACACAGAUGCUAUUGUACUUCUCGACGUCAACCCUCUUACAAUGGGUAUCGAAACUGUCGGAGGCGUCAUGACCAAGUUGAUCCCACGUAACACUGUCAUCCCGACCAAGAAAUCUCAAAUCUUCUCAACAGCCAGUGACAACCAACACACUGUAACUAUUCAAGUCUAUGAAGGUGAACGUCCAAUGACUAAAGACAACCACUUAUUAGGAAAGUUUGACCUUACUGGCAUCCCACCUGCGCCUAGAGGUAUCCCACAAAUUGAAGUCACCUUCGAAAUCGACGCCAACGGUAUCUUACAAGUAUCUGCUGAAGACAAGGGCACUGGUAACCGAGAGAAGAUUGUCAUUACCAAUGACCAGAACAGACUGACACCAGAAGAUAUUGAGAGAAUGAUCAAGGAUGCUGAGAAGUUUGCUGAUGAUGAUAAGAAACUAAAGGAGAGAGUAGAAUCAAGAAACGAAUUGGAAAGCUACGCUUACUCUAUCAAGAACCAACUUCAAGACAAAGAAAAAUUAGGAGCUAAGGUCAGUGAAGAAGAAAAGACUAAAAUGGAAGAAGCAAUUGAUGCAGCAAUCAAGUGGCUCGAAGACAAUCAAGAUGCUGACUCAGAGGAGUACAAGAAACAAAAGAAGACAGUAGAGGAUGUCGUCCAGCCAAUCAUUGCCAAACUAUACCAGGGACAAGGAGGUGUACCCCCACAAGGAGCGGGUGGUGAUGAUGAAGACUUCAAAGAUGAGUUGUAACCGCACGAACUUUAAAGCAGUGAUCACAGCCAAAAGAUCUCUGUAAUGAUCGCUACAGAUUACAUACGUACAGGAUGAUUUUUUAAACUGAAUCUAAGUAAAUCUGAAUACCUCCUGCUCUAUGUAGUAAAUUGUGUAUGUAUCAUGUAUGUAAUCUGUAUAUGAAUGUGUUUUGAAAUAGCUCGUGAUGUAUAUUUAUUUGUGUGCUGUGCAAAUGGUGUGUGUUGUGGUGUGCGAUACACGACUGGAUCGUAUUCAACGCUUCGCACAAGUGUGCAAUAUGGAUGAAUGUUUUUGUAUAAAUUGAUGCAUUUCUUAAUUUUAAUAAGAUCAAUAGUCGUUAUGAGGGGUCUGAUUAUAUUGGUCUUCCUCAAAGAUUAGUUUGAAUUGUGUUAUACAUUUGCGCAGAUUACGUCAUAUACUGUGGGCGGUUUAGAGUUAUUUAAAGUAGAAUGUCUACUGUGUAGGCAAAUGUCUGGCUUCAGGCGGCUUACAGUAUAUGGUGUACGGCAUUUGAAGCCUUGCGUCACUCGAAGACCACCUCAAUUGUUCUUGUAUGUAAUUGUUUUGAGACUGCUGAAUUGUUAGCUCUUAAUUAGGAGUAUAAUUAAUGUAGCAAAUAUUUGAGUUGAAGUAUGAAGGAGUACAUAAAUAAAAAAACAUUUUCUAUUA